AUUUUGGACAAUGGUCGUGCCGAAUGCAAAUCGCAUCCCGCCGCGCGAACUGCCCCUGCAGAAGCCGUCUGCCGCGCAUGCCUUCAUUCCACGUGCAUUGGUUCGAUCCACGCAGUCGUCGUCGUCGCACGUGUGGAUGCCCCCCAACGCCACGUCUGGUACCUCUCAGAACAGACGCGGCGACAAAGCGCUGCACAACACAACUCCGCAACCUGUGAUGGACUUGCCUGUACAAGCGCUCUUGGCCGUUGAAGGCAAGGUUGUCUUCCACACAUGGUCCAUGCUCCUUCAACACACAACAUUGUGCUAGGUGACGGAAGUCGAGUCAGAGGUGUUUCUAUGAAGGAUAUCUACAAUGAGUGAGCCAUCCAUGAAGCCCUCUUCGUGUGUUGGGUAGGUAAAUGGUCUGCUUGACGACUUUCAGAGUGCCGCGGCCGUGUUUUCGGCGCAAAUGCAUGUGCAAUCACGGUACCCGCGCGCGAUACCGGCGCCAUCCACGACUUAUGUUCAUGUGCUGCAACGACUAGUCUCUUGGAAGCUUGUCGCCGUGAACUGUCUGACCCACCAAGCGCGCGCCCUUCCUCAUGACACAGUAGAGAGAAUAUCAUGGGUUUCUUGCUUAAUAUACAUCUGGAGGUCGAGGCGCGCA